GCUACGCUUGGGGCGGGGCAUUUUCACAUCUUCUUCCGAACCGAUGUAAUUUCUCUGGCCCGAUCGACCUGGUUGUCGGUGCCGACCUGGUCUAUGAUGGCUUUCCAGUUGAUGCGCUCUACGAGAGCCUCUCCGAUCUCUUGGAGCAGAACGGCUGCGCUGCGACAUUGGCACUCCAACCGCGGCAGUUUCCAAUGACUGCGGCGCUGAGGGAGCCGCGUCUCAUCGCGGGCUUCCUGAAGCGCUUUCUGCAGGAAAGAACCUGGGAGGUCAAGACCAAGUCAGUUGGUGCCCAGGACCUGGGAAUUCCCGAGCAGAGUCUACUGCCUGACGGAGAGCCAGCAUGGAAGGGGCUAACGUUGGCAACGAUCAUCCCACCUGGCUCCCGACAUCAGCCGCUGCAGUCAAAACCUGGUGAGGGCAUGCUGCGGUACCAGCGGGAGGCACUUCCUUGA